GAUAAACAGUAAUCCACAUGUAGCACUAUAUGCCUUACUGGUACUGGAAUCUUGUGUAAAAAAUUGUGGAACAUUGAUUCAUGAUGAAAUAGCUACCAAACAAUACAUGGAACAACUAAAAGAACUAGUUAAAACUUCUCCACAUGAAAAUGUUAGACUAAAAACUUUAGAGCUAAUACAAGCUUGGGCUCACGCAUUUCGUCAUAGUCCCAAAUAUAGGACAGUUCAAGAUACAUUAAAUAUAAUGAAAGCCGAAGGUUAUCAAUUUCCUGCUUUGAAAGAAAGCGACGCUAUGUUUAGAGCAGAUACUGCACCUGCAUGGGCAGAUGGUGAAGUCUGCCAUCGGUGUCGUGUAACUUUUAGCAUGGUUCAACGGAAGCAUCACUGCAGAGCAUGUGGUCAAGUCUUUUGUGGCCAAUGUUCGAGUAAAGUUUCCACUUUACCAAAGUUUGGAAUUGAGAAAGAAGUACGAGUUUGUGAAGCUUGUUAUGAACAAGUUAACAAACCAUCUACAACGCAAACCAAAGAUACCGACCUUCCAGCAGAAUAUCUCAAAAGUACUUUGGCUCAACAGCAACAAGUUCCAGUUCGAAAAACAGAAGAAGAACUACGAGAAGAGGAAGAAUUAAAUUUAGCAAUAGCCUUAAGUCAGAGUGAAGCUGAACAAAAAGAAAAAGAAAAGAAACGUGCUACAAGCGUUUUAAAAUCCAAUUCAACUUCAAUAUCUAGAACAACAUAUUCUCCACCACCAUCACCUGGUCCUAGCCCAUCACAGAUUCAAGAUGACGACGAGAUCGAACCUGAACUUGCUAAAUAUCUAAAUCGUAAGUAUUGGGAACAAAGGCAAACUGCAAACGAAGAUCAUGGAUCGAUUGAACAUGGGUCAAGAGUGGAUGUGACUAGUCCGUCUGCACCUAAUAUAAGCAGUCCAAUGCCUCAAAAACUAGUACUAAUAAAACAAGAAAAUGGUGAAAUCGAUACUCAAAUGGAAGAAUUCGUAAGAGGUUUAAGAUCUCAAGUUGAAAUUUUUGUAAAUAGGAUGAAAAGCAACUCCUCGAGAGGCAGAUCUAUUGCUAAUGAUAGUUCAGUUCAAACUUUAUUUAUGAAUAUAACAGCUAUGCAUUCCAGAUUAUUAAGAUAUAUUCAAGAACAAGAUGAUAGCAGAGUAUAUUAUGAAGGUUUGCAAGAUAAAUUAACUCAGAUGAAAGAUGCUAGAGCUGCUUUAGAUGCUCUCCGAGAAGAACAUAAAGAGAAAUUACGUAGAAGAGCGGAAGAAGCCGAGAGACAGCGACAAAUGCUAAUGGCGCAAAAACUGGCAAUCAUGCGAAAGAAGAAGCAAGAAUAUUUACAAUAUCAACGUCAACUAGCUUUACGAAAGAUUCAAGAACAAGAAAGGGAGAUGCAAAUGCGUCAAGAGCAACAGAAACAACAAUAUAUAAUGGGAAAUUAUCAAGGUAUUCCAGAUUUUAUGGGACCUUCUCAAGGAUCGCCUGUUCGCCAUGUACACUAUCCAAAUCCAGGAACUAAUUACAAUCCAAUGUCACCUACGAAUCAAGGAGUUUAUAUGUAUGGACAACCAACUAUGAGUCAAUAUCCUAUGCAGGGUUAUAACAUGCCACCGAUGAAUACUCUGCCAGUGCAUAUGAUGCCAUCACUUUCUAAUCCGGAACAACAAUCGCCGGAUCCAUCCAUCCAAGGACAGGAGAAUAUAAGUCACGUGUCUAUAUCGGGCCCAGGAAUAAUACCGCCUCAAAUGACACCAUCUAUUCAACAGCUUCAGCCACCGAGCAAUCAUCAAAUAGAAUCUCCGCAAGGUCCAACAGUACAUAUGUCAUCGGGACAAACUUCAGCAGGCAGACAUAUAUCACCUCAACAAGGCGCCUCGUCUCAAAUGCCACAGCAAGUUUUUCCUCUGACUCAAAUCAGGCUGCCUCCAAUACCUCAAGGACACAUGGGCCCUUCAUCAGGUCCGAUAACUUCGGGGAGUCACGUAUCUACUGGUGUCAUCAUUGGUCUGUCAUCGCAAAUAGGAUCACAAUCGUCUACCUUACCUGGUACCCAAGGAGCUUCAAUACCAACGCAUGUUUCCAAUACUGCUAUAUCAUCUCAACCUUCAGGUGUUAUUCAAGUGCCGUCUGCCGGAGCUAACAGCGGACCUGUUCCUGCAGCGAGUCAAACCUUACCUGGUUCUCAAACGCCUAAUAUACCAACAAUGCAAGGAAUGGCUAAAUUCCUGCUGUGCAAUCAAUGUCAUUUCAACCUACUCCUCCAGUCGCAACUACAACUAACGAAAUUCCUCAAGAUGCAGAAGAAACAAAACCUAGAACAGCAGAGCUAAUUUCUUUCGAUUAAAUUAAAUUGAAUAUUAUGUACAAUAUACUUAAAGACAAAAAAAAUUUCUUUUUA